GGUUACGUGACUGAUAGAGACAGUAAUCUGUUUUGUGUUUAUUGAAGGUGUAAAAACAUUACAUUUUGUUGCAAGAAGGUGAUCUGAAAGCCAUCCACCAUGGGGGAGCCCCAGCAGGUGAGCGCCUUGCCACCGCCACCCAUGCAGUACAUCAAGGAAUAUACGGAUGAAAAUGUUCGAAAAGGUCUGGCACCCAAACCGCCGCCCCCGAUUCGGGACAGCUACAUGAUGUUCGGAAAUCAGUUUCAGUGCGAUGACCUCAUCAUCCGGCCUUUAGAGAGCCAGGGCAUCGAGCGCCUGCACCCCAUGCAGUUUGAUCACAAGAAGGAGCUGAAGAAGCUCAACAUGUCUAUCUUGGUCAAUUUUCUGGACCUGUUGGAUAUAUUGAUCAAAAGCCCAGGCAGCAUCAAAAGGGAGGAGAAGCUGGAGGACCUGAAGCUGCUAUUUGUGCACAUGCAUCACCUGAUAAAUGAGUAUCGGCCGCACCAGGCACGAGAAACGCUGCGCGUCAUGAUGGAGGUGCAGAAGCGGCAGCGCCUGGAGACAGCCGAGCGUUUUCAGAAGCACUUGGAGCGCGUGGUGGAGAUGAUCCAGACCUGUCUGGCCUCUCUGCCAGAUGACUUGCCCCAGGAUGAUGAACCUUCAGGGGCCACAGCUGCCAGUGGAGCCCCAAGACUUAAAGUGGAGUCAAUGGAUGUGGAAGAGGCAAGCAGCAGUUGUGUGGGGGUACCUCUAGACAGGAAUGCAACUGUAACCAAGAGGGACAAACUAUGGGACAAAGAUGCUGCCAUGUGCAGUAUCAUUGAUGAGAUGACCUGAUUCAGGCUUUUUACGGUAAUCUCAGUAUCUGAGUUACCCAAAUAAUGUUUGUGAUAAACUGAGAAAAUAUCACAACUAUGAAUCAUGUGAAAGGGACAUAAAGCAAGUAGAUAUGUAAUAAUGUAAAAAAAAAAUUAAAUAUACAUAUUUUUGUUUCUACUUUUUUGUCAUAACUAAAACUUUCUUGUGAAAAAAUACUAUAGAUAAAGCGGGAACAUUUUGGAUACAUGAAGUUUUGCAGGAAUGUGUAUUACAGUUGUGAAGACUCAAUAUGAAUAAACU